CCGCGGGCGAGCCGGAGUUGCGGGCAUUCUUUCCUAGGCGCUCCCGCUCUUUCUGCUUUCUUCCCUCCCCGGGCUCUUCCCAACCGCCUCACCCUGCCCACCUUCCCGGUUGGGACUACACGCUGGGCGCCCAGAUCGUGGGACCGAAAUUCUUGGUGGCAACCGCGAGAGGAGAGAGCCUGGAGGACUGGAGGAAACUGCUCUGAUCUGACUUGGCUUCAGCCGGGAGCUGACGCUGCACCGUAAUAAGCAGGCUUUCCUAAGCUCUCUCACAGGUUCCAAGAAGACUUGGCUGAGAUCCGACACACCUGAGUCUGCUGGAGUGAUGACCGCAUGACCAGGUUGAUAGACUACUGCUUGUGUCUGUGACACAACUCUGGCUGCCCACGCUAAGGCACGAUGCUCCGGCAGGUGAAUGGUCACAGUUCAGGCUCUGAUGCUCAAGGUAGGGCAUCCCUCAAGGGAGAUCUCCAGGAGUUCCUGGGUGGGGAGGCCCCACUCCAUCAGCUGGAUGACCUCACCAAGGUGAAUCCUGUGACACUGGAAACAGUCCUGAGGUGCCUGCAGGCCCGGUACACAGAAGACAUAUUCUAUACCAAUGCUGGCUGCACCCUGGUAGCUCUGAACCCCUUCAAGCCCAUCCCUGAACUCUACGCACCAGAGCUGAUGCUAGAGUACCAUGCUGCGUCUCAGCCUCAGAAAUUGAAACCCCACAUCUUCACAGUGGGUGAGCAGACCUACAGGAACGUCAAGAGCCUGAUUGAGCCAAUCAACCAGUCCAUCGUGGUCAGUGGAGAGAGUGGAGCUGGAAAGACAUGGACAUCCCGCUGCCUGAUGAAGUUCUAUGCUGUGGUGGCCGCCUCACCUUCUUCCUGUGAGAAUCACAAGAUCGCAGAGAGGAUAGAGCAGCGGAUCCUGAACUCCAACCCUGUUAUGGAAGCUUUUGGGAACGCGUGCACACUGAGGAAUAACAACAGCAGUCGCUUUGGGAAGUUCAUCCAGCUCCAACUGAACAGAGCCCAGCAGAUGACGGGAGCUGCGGUCCAGACCUACCUCCUAGAGAAAACGCGUGUGGCUUGUCAGGCUUCCAGUGAGAGGAACUUCCACAUCUUCUACCAGAUUUGCAAAGGAGCCACCCAGGAUGAAAGACUCCAGUGGUACCUCCCUGAGGGAGCUGCCUUCUCCUGGCUACCCAAUCCAGAAAAUAGUUUGGAAGAGGAUUGUUUCGAGUUGACCAGAGAGGCCAUGCUCCAUUUGGGCAUCGACACCCCCACCCAGAACAACAUCUUUAAGGUCCUCGCUGGACUGCUGCACCUUGGCAAUGUCCAUUUUGCUGACUCAGAGGAUGAAGCCCAGCCCUGCCAACUGAUGGAUGGUUCCAAAGCCUCUGUCAGGACAUCAGCCUCACUGCUGCAGCUCUCAGAGAACAUGCUGCUGGAGACUGUGCAGAUUCGAACCAUCAAGGCAGGCAAGCAGCAGCAAGUGUUCCGGAAGCCGUGCUCCCGAGCUGAGUGUGACACCCGAAGAGACUGUCUGGCCAAACUGAUCUAUGCACGGCUGUUCGACUGGCUGGUAUCAGUGAUCAACAGCAGCAUCUGUGCAGACUCCAACUCGUGGACUGCCUUCAUAGGUCUGCUAGAUGUGUAUGGGUUUGAGUCAUUCCCUGACAACAGUCUGGAACAGCUGUGCAUCAACUAUGCCAAUGAGAAGCUACAACAGCACUUUGUGGCUCACUACCUCAAGGCCCAGCAGGAGGAAUAUGCACUUGAGGGCCUGGAGUGGUCGUUCGUCAACUACCAGGACAACCAGACCUGUUUGGAUCUCCUCGAGGGGAGCCCCAUCAGCAUCUGUUCCCUCAUAAAUGAGGAAUGCCGCCUUAAUCGGCCAAGCAGUGCAGCCCAACUCCAGACACGCAUCGAGAGUGCUCUGGCAGGCAAGCCCUGCCUGGGCCCUAAUAAGCUCAGUCGGGAGCCCAGCUUUGUGGUUGUGCAUUUCGCAGGACCUGUGCGGUACCACACAGAAGGUCUAGUGGAGAAGAACAAGGACCCUGUUCCCGCUGAGCUGACUGGGCUCCUGCAGCAAUCCCAAGACCCUCUGCUCAUGAUGCUAUUUCCUGCUAACCCUGAAGACAAGACCCAGGAGGAGCUGUCUGGCCAGAGCAGGGCUCCUGCAUUGACUGUGGUAUCCAAGUUCAAGGCCUCGCUGGAACAGCUCCUGCAGGUCCUACAUAGCACAACACCCCACUACAUUCGCUGUAUCAAGCCCAACAGCCAGAGUCAGCCACAGACCUUCCUUCAGGAAGAGGUGCUGAGCCAGUUGGAGGCCUGUGGCCUUGUGGAGACCAUCCACAUCAGUGCUGCUGGCUUUCCCAUCAGGGUCUCUCACCAGAACUUCGUGGAACGAUAUAAAUUACUGAGACGGCUCCGACUUCGCACAUCCUCUGGUCUCUGGGGCUUGUGUUCUGCCAAAGGGCCCUCUGCCUCUCUGGGCCCUGGUCCAUUUUCUGGAUGUCUCAUCUCUCGUCUCCUGCAUCUGCUUUGGUGUCCUCUGUCUCCAAAGAGGCGCUGGGCUGCUAACUGUCAGAGCCCUCAGCCUCUAUGUGCCAAGGAGGCCACACUGCAGCCUCUACUACAGGACAUUCUCCAUGCUCUGCCAACUUUAAUUCAGACAGCGACCCCUCCCAGUGACCCAGCUGAGACCACACAAGUCCCACUGUACUGUGGCAGGACAAAGAUUUUCAUGACUGACUCCACGCUAGAGCUUCUGGAAUGUGGACGUGCCCAGAUGCUGGAGCAGUGUGCCCGCUGCAUCCAGUGUGGCUGGAGGCGACAUCGUCUCCAAAAGCAGGAGAAACAGAGGCGGGCUGCCGUGCUCAUUCAGGCAGCUAUCCGGUCCUGGUUAACACGGAAACACAUCAGAAGAUUACACAUAGCUGCCACGGUCAUCAAGCGUGCUUGGCGAAAGUGGAGAAUCAGAAUGGCCUAUCUUGCUUCUAAAGAACUGGAUGGUAUGGAGGAUAAACCCAUGCCUCAAGCUCCCAGUUCCCUGAGCUCAUCGCUGUCCCCAGCACACAGUAAACUACUAGAGGCAAUAAUCCACCUCUGGCCCAUGGGACUGGUGCUAGCCAACUCAGCUGUGGGUGCACGUGGCUUUCAGAGGAAACUGGUGGCACAUGCCUGCCUCCGGCUUCCCACGAGCAACCCCAGCAACAACGUCCAGACACCACAACAAGAUCAGGCUGGAAUUACGUCCAUCAGAGCGCUGCCUCAGGGCUCGAUAAAGUUUCACUGCAGGAAGUCUCCACUUCAGUAUGCUGACAUCUGCCCUGAACCUUCAGCCUCCAGUGUUACUGGUUUUAAUCAGAUUCUGCUAGAAAGACACAGGCCAGUCCAAGUGUGACUCUUCUACCCUCACCUGCCUACGUGAUCUUUAGUGCCUUUGUUUCCAGAAGGCCGUUUCCUGCCAGCUGCCUUGCCAAAGACAUCUGAUCAACACACAACUGCCAAGCUAAUCCCACAGCGACUCCAACUGCGUGUGCAAGCAACAGCUUCUGUCUGUGAGCCAGGGCUUCGUGGUCAGAGUACCAGCAAGCUAGGACUAUGGCCUCAGCACUGGCAGGAUCUGGGAGUGCUAGUUACCAAGCCAAGAUAGGACCACAACAUCCCAGCUUACUGUCCCCCUUCAGGCUCAGGUUCGGCAGAUGUGACUGUCUGUCCAGAAUGUCACUACAGCAGGAUAGAUACUGGACCAUCUACAAGCACUUUAAAAUGGCCAAAUCACCCUAAAAUUGGCUCUAAAAUUUUGGCUAGGGAAAAUUUACAUAUAGUUCAUUAAGGAACAAUGCUAUUUAAUAAACUGAUUUAUUUAAUGACACCAAGAA